AUGAAACUUGGCUACUUGGCUUCGUUAAACGCAGAGUUCCUGGGGUUUUCACAAACCUGCAUCUAUGUCAGAGCUUUUAUGGUUCUUCGGGGUAGCAGCCUGCGUAAAGCUCCUCCUCAUCCCAUCCUCCUCAUCGACACCCAAAUCGUUCAUCUCCAAGAGGGCCUCAACUAUAGCUCCGACACUGUGGUUUUGUUCCAAAGAAUCACUGUGAUCUUGUCUGAUUUGUGCUUGUUAUAUGAGGUUUAUAGAUUGACCAAGGAUUUGGAUUCAAGGAGGCGAAUUUCGAUCUGGGAAGUAUAUAACUACAAGAUAGCAGCUCGUCCGGAAAGGCGCCGGCAAUUUGAAAAAGAGCUCACUUCUCAAAUGGAGGUUGCUUUAAGUAUCUUGACAGCUUGUUUGAGUAUUAAUGAACUCAAGGAGCAGGUUCUUGAGGCAUUUGCAUCUUGGCUUCGACUGAAGCAUGGGAUCCCUGGGUCUGUGCUUGCUUCUCAACCCUUGGUGCACACAGCUCUUUCAAGCUUGAAUGCUGAGUUUAUUUCGGAGGCAUCUGUAAAUGUCAUCUCUGAAUUAAUACAUUACUCAGCAAGAGGAAGCUCUGGUGGUGGUGUUGUACAGAUGCCUUUGAUUCAUGUAAUUGUGCUUCAAGUUAUGAGUCUAAAGGCACAUCUUAAAGAUUCUUCAAAGGUAUUGCAUUUAUGGGGUUGUAGAUGUUUUCUUUUUCUUGGCCUGUAUAAUAAGCUUCUAAUAGUGUGUAUUUUAAGAACGAUGUUACUGAGUCAAUAG